ACAUCAUUGCAUUUGUCAAUACUUAUUGCUGCUUUGUGAGGCAGUCACCAUUGAACUCCAUUGAGCCGAUAUCUUUGUUCUUUCCUUAGUUAUACAACUAUUUAAGUGGAGCGGUCUCGACGUGACGGACAUGUUUUUCAGGCUACUAAUCGUAAUCGAGUUCGCUAUUGACGGCCUAAACUCUGACGGUGGAUCAAGCUGAAAAUGGAGUGCAAAAUAAAGUUACUGUCUCUUCCUAAAGAACUCUUGACUUACAUUCUGAGCUUCCUUCCUUGGCGAGACAUUCUUCGUUGUACAUCCCUAUGCAAGGCCCUUCGCGAAACAUACAUGUCAUCCUCCGAGCUUCAGUACGUCACUGAACUCGGUAGCCAACAAUUGCUUCCUGUUUCCAACAGUCACAUCUCUGUUUCAAAGCGCCUACAACUCCUAAGGGAAAAUAACCUCGCAUGGUCCAAAUUUGAUCUCUGUUCUUUGGAAACAAUCCCUAUACCAGAAAAUUUUCAGACGGUCACAGCAACGUACAUCACCAAUGGGCAUGCAUGUUUCUGGAAACCAUCUAUAGAUUCUGUCAAAAUCUUUCCAAUACUACCCAAACCAUCACAGCAAACCAUCGAGCGUGAUCUCUCUCCGGGUUCGCUUUGUUCGGUUCCCAACCACAGUAACAUCGAUAUUUUCAUGGACGCAGCGCAAAAUCUGCUCGCCAUCGCCUAUGCCAUUAGGGAUGAUAAUUACCCAUCUGAUGAGGAGUCCUAUAUCGAGCUUCUAACCCUGGAUGGAGAUAGCGUCCACCCCCAAGCUGCUGGACGGACAUUGUUUAUGUCUGACUUGUGGCUGCCCAGAAGCCGUGAGAACUUUGAAACACCGUGUUCAAAACUCGAAGGUUUUGGGAGGCAUAUCGCUUUCCUUCGCUUCGUACCAUUGUUUGAUAGUACAGACUUCUCAUUCGCGUCCAUAUGGUGGUUGCAGAUUUGGGACUGGCAACACUCAACUUCGUCCAAUAGCAUCCUCAGUGGCCCAAUUGUACUAGAUGUGGAUUCCGAUGGGUCAACUGACUUUUGUUUCCUCGGAAACGAUAGAUUUUUAAUUAUUAGCGACGAUCUAAAACUCUAUUCAAUUGAGGAUAUGUCCAAGUCACCGCAAUUGCUGGCAUGCUUCUUGUUGCCUUCAUCAGUGUUGGACCUACGGUGCUUCACUCCGACGAACGAUAUUGCAUGUAGCUCGCAUCCGAAGAUGCAAGCCCAGUGGAUCUCAGACCCUAAGCAUCGAUUACUCUCCCUUGUCUCACAUUCUUCACAUCUUGUCUUCGUUAUUUCCACCAGGAUUUUCUUCGAUGACUUUAUUGAUUCGGAGGGAAUACUUGGCGUUAGCGGGAACCGAGCUUUGGUACAGGUUACAUUUGAUGGACUUCAGCCCAUCAGCUGUGAGGCGCCACCAGCCAGGCCUAGGAAGGCUGGUUAA